AUUAAUUUUCUUUCUUUGUGUCAGAAACAGAUUUUUCUAAUCAAAGAUGACAGACCGUUACAACAUCCACAGUCAGCUGGAGCAUCUGCAAUCAAAGUACAUCGGCACGGGCCACGCAGACACUAGCAAAUGGGAAUGGCUAGUUAACCAGCACAGAGACUCGUACUGCUCCUACAUGGGCCAUUUUGACCUUCUCAAUUACUUCGCCGUCGCUGAGAACGAGAGCAAGGCUCGGGUCCGCUUUAACCUGAUGGAGAAGAUGCUGCAGCCAUGUGGUCCACCAGCCGACAAACCUGAAGAUGCCUAGGGCCAUUGUGACUGAAUCCCUACUGUAUGUUUUA